AUGGAGUCCUCUGCUACUGGUGGACGCAAUUCACAGGCCGCCGGACAACGUCGAGUUUGGAAUGAAGAUGAGGACCGUGCUUUGAUUGUAGGUUUGCGCGAUCUUGUUGCCCGCGGCUGGAAAUGCGACAAUGGAUUUCGCAAUGGUUACGCCAUCAUAUUAGAACAACACAUGCACCACAUGUUCCCGGGAACUACCAUAAGAGCGGAGCCUCACAUAACAUCCAAGAUCUCGGUCUGGAAAAAAAAUUAUGGUUCGCUUUCGGAGAUGCUCAGUACUUCCGGCUUUGGAUGGAGUGAAACAGGGAACUUUAUUACUGUGCGGGAAGAGCAAAUUUGGAAAGACUACGUGAAGGCUCAUCCAAAGGUCAAAUCAAUGCGUUAUAAACCUUGGCCCCUUUUUCCGGAUUGGCUGGAAAUUUUUGGAAAGGACCGCGCAACGGGAGAGGGGGCAUUAGGUUUCACUGAUGCGGUUAAUGAUGUCUUACAUGAUACAAAUGUCGAAGUACCGAGCCCAAAUCCCACUCAACACACAGGGUCGGAACAUUUUGAUUAUCCUCAAAAUAACUUUGACUCUUUUUCGGCUCAAGUAGGUGAAAGUAGUGCAUCCGGUAAGUCUAAGCGUGAUGGAAAAAGAAAGCGUAAUGUUGAGGUGGAAGAGAAAAUAAUCGGGCUACUGUCAUCUGUUUGCCAGGAGACGAACAACCGUCUUUCAGAACUUUCCACACGUGUCGGUCACCAGGUUGAUGCAAAAGCGCAACGCGUUGCCGUUUAUGAUGCACUGAAAAAAAUUCCUAACUUAACAACAGAUGAAAGGGUCGUUGUUGCUCGGUACUUAUCCAAAAAUGUUGACGAGAUGGAACUGUUUUUCAGCCUUGACGAUGAUGGAAGGAGCUCAAUGGUGUACCAGAUAUUGAGCGGGUCACCGUAG